AUGAAACCAAGAAAUCUCCUCUUGGCGGCACUAGUCGUUGUGACGGCAAUCUUAGUUGUCGCGUUCGUUGUAAACUUUGAGCAAUUGCUCGUGAGAAAGAAUGCCUCCCAUGAGAUUAACGAAAAUGAUGGCCUGAUCUGCCAUGUUGAGCUCACUCUAAUGAGCUUGGACAACGGAGGAGACGAAGAAGACUACGAAUGUGUUGUAGUCUCCACGAAUAAAGAUUCUGCUUUGAUUCCCGAUAUGUCAGUUGCCAUUGACCUUCCAUUGGCGUUUAUCUACAACAAUCGAAAAGCUCUUGAUGAUGGAGAUCUAUAUAUCCAGAUUCCCGGGGGUUCAGUGAAUCAAGAGUUUGUAGAAGGCUUUGGCCUUGUGAGUACCAAUGUCUCUAUCCCUCCCUCUUCCGAGAUUUUGGUCCUGAACGCCACUGAAGUUAGUUCCAUGAGGCAUCACAGAAAACGAAGAAGGCGCACUUCUGAACUAAAACGAGAGCUAGCGGAUGGAAUGGGUGUCCGGACUGUUAUGGUGUUUCGAAUCACUACAGACAAUGCUUCACCUGAGAUUGGCGCCACUGAAAUCGAAGAGAGAAUGUACAGCACAACCCAGUUUUCGUUUGCCUCCCAAUUUGAGAAAUGCUCAUUCGGAGAGCUGACAUUCCAGCCCUUUGAUUUGCAAACACCUGUGACCGAGCUGUAUGUGCCUGGGGAUGUUGAGUCCUUCACCGAGCGAACCAUUUUGAAUGCUGCAACGAGACAGGCUGCGGCACUCUUUGGUUCUGACGUUUGGGACACUGUCGAUCACGCCAUAUUCUGUAUGCCUGAUGGCACUACGGGGAAACCAUACAUUGCCUAUUCUGGAGUGGGCUCUUUCUUUUCUGUUUAUCAUAACGUGAGGUGCGCCUACCCCACAACAGUGAUGCACGAGAUUGCUCACAACUGUGGUCUCGGGCAUGCCUUUGAGAACGGAGAGGAGUACGGGGACGAGACGUCCAUCAUGGGAUUCUCAUCAAGUUCCAAAACAGGACCGAGUAAGUGUUUUAAUGGGCAAAACAUUUGGCAUUUUGGUUGGUUCAAGAGCAGGUCAAUCAUGGUUGAUCCAUUUCAAGGGCACCAUGUGGUCGAAUUGGCCCCCUUUGUCGACUACGACAAAAUAGAAAGCUAUCAGGCAGUCCUUAUCACCGUGUUUGACAUGCACUUCGUCUAUAACCGAGCAAAAGGCUUCAAUUUUGAAACAAGCGAGUACCAAAACAAAGUGACAAUUGCAAAAGAGCAAAACGAAAUCAACUCGGAACUGAUGGCGAUGAUUGAUAUGGAGCAUCCAAUCUUCACAAUAGAGAACGUCUUCGGAACAGGCAAGUCUCUUUAUGUAGAGCUGUGUGAAUUGGUGGCUGGUGACGCAGGGGAAGACUACUACGUUGUUAGCAUUGGCCUUGAUUACAGCAUGUGCCCAACCCCCAAACCACCAAAGUUAACUCCGAGCCCUACAGCCAUCUCCAAUUCCAUCCCCAUUUCCAACCCCUGGGCCAACGCCCUUCCCAACCCCAUGGCCCACCCCUUGGCCCACCCCUUGGCCAACGUUCCGACGAACCCCUGGGCCUACCUUCCCGACAGUACCGAACCCAGGCUCAAAUCACCACUUCGACCCUCCGAGCUACGUCGUUGA